AUGGGGCUGAUGGCCCCGCACGGGAAAGGGCCGUCCAAAACCCCGCUGGUGGGGACUUGCGGGGUGCUGGAGCAUAUGAUCUCCCCACUCGAGAUGGCCGCGAUUUCGAACUUCACCGGCGACGCGCACUGCCGCGCGGUGGAGCGGGUGGACGCGCAUCUGCGCGAACACCACCCGAAGAGCACCGUGAGCUGGCUUUUGUGGGAGCCCCAGGGCGGCAGCCUUUACGGGAAUGCGAUUGGGGAUUUGAAGCCCGAUACGGCCAUACCGCUCACACGGCUCAUGCGAAGGGCGCUACGGCAGGCGGAAUCGAGCGAUGCGAAUUCGGUUUGCUGGGCUUCUAUAGAUUCUGGCAUCGUCCACGUUAGUCUUCACCAACAACAGGUGUUAGGCCUCGUAAUACAGGGCAUACCGAAAUUGCAGACAUGUCUGGACCUCGCUGCACGCCUUCAGGAAAUUGUUCAAUAA